AUGCUCUCCGCGUUUACUGCUCACCCGAUAAUCGAGCUUCGGCAGCGAGAUAAGUCCAAGAUUGAGACCAUUUUAGCAUACGGCGAUCGUAUUCUUGUCGGACUCAAUAGCGGUGCUUUGCGCGUCUACAGGUUGAACGAUUUUCCCUCAGAGGAUCAAGGCGACUCGCCGCCGCCUGUCACUCAAGACACCCAAAGGGCAACUCUACCGCGAAACAAGGAUCAGUCAACCUCUCGGGCCUCGACAAAGCCAACUGAUCUGCUUCGUGAAGUAGAGAGGUUCUCCACCCGGGCAAUCGACCAGCUUGCCAUUAUCAAAGAGGCCAAUGUUAUCGUAUCUUUGUCGAAUUACCACGUUUCUCUUCACGAUCUGCAAAAUUACGACCACAUAGAAACCCUGAGUCGGACGAAAAAUGCUUCGUGUUUUGCCGUGACGUCGAACAUCGUUAAAGAUGCGGACACGGGCAUUCCCGAAAUCAUCAGCCGGCUGGCAGUGGCUGUGAAAAGGAGGCUUCUGCUAUGGAAUUGGCAUGAGAGCGAGCUCAGCGUUGCUGUAACCGAAGUGAUGCUUUCCGAAUCGAUUCGGUCCAUCACAUGGGCCAAUGCUACCAGAGUCGUCUGUGGGAUGAACAGUGGCUACGUGGUGGUGGAUGUGCUUACCCAGGAGAUUGUCGAUGUUGUGAGUCCAGGUGCUGUCGGUGUCAACGGGUCAGGGAGUCGUUUUGGUGCUGUUAGCGCGGCCGGGAUGGGCUACGUGGGCUUGGGCGGUUAUACUCCGAAGCCGUUGGCAACGAAGCUCUCUGAUGGGGAAAUCCUCCUGGCGAAGGAUAUCCAUACCAUGUUUAUCGAUGACAACGGCAAGCCGCUUGAGAAGAGGCAGAUCCCGUGGCCUUCAGCUCCAGAGACCAUCGGAUAUUCGUACCCUUACAUCUUGGCCCUGCAGUCCCCUUCGAAGGGCUCCUUGGAAGUUCGGAAUCCGGACACGCUAUCGUUGAUGCAGACCAUCUCACUUCCUGGCGCUGCGCAACUCCACAUACCCCCGCCAACCUCCAGCUUAGCCCAUGCUGGCAAGGGCUUUCAUAUCUCUAGUGACCGUUGCGUCUGGAAGAUGGGUGCUACAGAUUAUGAUGCCCAAAUCCAGGAGCUUAUCCAAACUAGCAGCUUCGAUGAGGCCAUCAGUGUGCUACAUAUGCUGGAAGAUGCUCUGCUGAGGAAUAAGAAGGAGACGCUACGAGAGGUCAAGAUACUCAAAGCGGAAAUGCUUUUCAAAAAGAAGAAGUUCCGCCAGGCAAUGGAUCUGAUGAAUGACGAUGACGUUCAGGCUCCUCCGGAAAGAGUUUUGCGGCUAUUCCCCCCAGAGAUAUCUGGGACGCUGUCACAAUGGGCGAAACCCUCGUCACUCGAUGCUGUCAGCCCAAUAGCAGAAACAGGCACAGAAACAGGCACAGAAACAGGCGCAGAAACAGGCGCAGAAACAGGCGCAGAAACAACCGUAGAAAUAGGCGCAGGCAGUCCCAAUGCGGUUAACGGGAAGAGGUCAGGGAUUCGACAUGGUGCUGGCGAUGUUUCAUCCGUGACGAAUCUCGGCGGAGGACUUGCGAAGCUAUUCUUAGGAGGCGCCCAUAAGAAGGCUGCCCCAGAUGAUUCGUUGAUGACUUCUAGGAAGAACAGCACCGACCUGGACGAUACGCAAGGAGCCAAGGGCUUUCAAGAUGAGGAGGACAAGCCGCUGGAGGGUAAGGACCUGAAAAACUCCGUCUUGGAACUGAACAGCUAUCUUGCCGGCACCAGAGCCCGCCUUCAGCGAUAUAUAGACCCGGUCACGGGGGAACUAAAAGACCACGGAGACAAGCAGUCGUCCAUCGAAGAAGCUGCGGAACGCUUUCUGAGGACAACCAAGACAGAAUCGGAACACAAACUUGAGCAGGAGCUCCGAAACACGUUCCGUUUAGUCGACACAACUCUCUUCCGUGCCUACAUGUUCUCACAGCCAUCUUUGGCCGGAUCCCUCUUCCGAAUACCCAACUUUUGCGAUGCCGAUGUUGUCAACGAAGCCCUGCUAAAGCACAACAGAUACACUGAGCUGAUUGACUUUUUCUACGGCAAGAAGCUACAUAAGCAGGCUUUGGCUUUGCUCCAUAGGUUCGGGUCACCUGCAGAACCUCACGAAGCCGCCCCGACUUUGCAUGGGCCCGAUCGCGCGAUCCAGUACCUGAAGAACCUGCCUCCUUCUGAGAUGGACCUCAUUCUUGAGCAGGCAGGGUGGAUGUUGAGGAGCAAUCCAGCCUAUGCUAUGGAGAUAUUCACUGGAGACACCGAGAACGCAGAAACGUUGCCGCGCGAGAGAGUCGUUGGCUUUCUGCGCGACUUGGACACAAAAUUAGAGAAGCAAUACCUGGAGCAUGUCAUCAACGAGCUGGAUGAUGCCACUCCUGAAUUUCAUAUUCGCUUAGUGGAGCUAUAUGUCAAGACCCUGGGAGAAACAAGCAAGGGUGAGAAAUGGGACGAAACCAUGGCCGGAUUCGUCUCUUUUCUUCGCAACUCUCGUCCAGUAUACAGUCUGACGAAAGCACUCGGGAUGAUACCAAAGAGCGAUGCGUCGUUCUAUGAGGCACAGGCUGUAAUCCUGAGCAACAUGGGCCAGCACAAGAAAGCAUUGGAAAUCUACGUGUUCAAGAUGAAAGACUAUCUCAAGGCUGAAGAGUACUGCAGCAGAGUGCAUAAGUCGCGAAACACUGCAUCAUCAUCACCUCUGAAAACAAAGGAUAGCGCGGCAGGUGACGUGGACGAUCCCGAGCAAUCAAUUUUUCAUAUCUUAUUGUCACUGUAUCUGCACCCACCGCCUCCUCAUCUGGUGCAGCUAGAGCCGGCUUUGGAGCUCCUGUCCAAGCACGGCUCUCGACUACCAGCUACUUCAACCCUGAGUCUGAUCCCAGACGACCUCCCGGUCCAGUCCCUGGAAUCCUACUUUUGCGGUCGCAUCCGCUCAGGCAACAGCCUGGUCAAUCAAUUCCGUGUUGCAGCCGGGUUACGAAAGGCUGAACAAAUAGCAAUGGCAGCUCGCCUGAACAUUGGUGACAGUGCAGCCCAUGGUCAAGGCGGGCGCAACAGACACGUCACAAUCACAGACGAGCGCCACUGUUUCGCUUGUCACAAGAAACUAGGGGGAGGAUUACGCAUCGGAGGCAGCGUUGUCGCCGUGUUGCCAGAUAACACCGUGGUACAUUAUGGUUGCUUGAGCAGAGCACUGAGCCAGAAAGCUGAUAAUUCGAAAGUCGCGGGCCUGGCCAGAGACACACUCUAG